GGGACCCCCGGGGAGCGGCGGCCGCGAAUGUGCCCCGAUGAGAGCUGCGGGGGAGGUAUCGGCCUUCUCUGUAGGGUUAUUUGGUCUCCAAGAGCGAAGUUCCUCCUCUGGGGGAAUGAAUGGGCUCUGGCUGCUCUUUAGAUCUGGGUCAACAAAAAUCACAUGGAAAACAUAACGUGGUUGUAAAAAAACAAAAGAAGGUAAAACCACCAGAAACAAGCGUUUGUUGCCCAGUGGUUAAAUAAAUGCACGGACCUUAGGGCAGCGAAGCGGCUGCUGGGCUGUCACGCAAACCCCAUGUGCUUUUAUUCGCAGCGUCCCAGUCCCUCCAACACUUUUGUGCUACCAUUUUUCGUCCUUAUCUUAAUUUUCUGCUGAUGCGCUGCCCUUAGCAGUGCUGUGACACAGGCUGAUGCGGGCAGUCACACCACGGAGGGUUAAGGUUGGUGAGCACCGUGGGUGUGCUCUGAGAGCCAAUUAAAUAUGUUGCAACCUGUUUUAACUUAGUAAUACUUCUUUUAAAAAGUAUCAUUGUGUUAUUUAGGUUGGAACAGACCGGUCAGCGCCGUGGUGUCGUGAAAGCUCCGCUUGGGUACUGAGCUGUCCUGAGCUGUGGUGGUGCCCGAUUUAACUGGACACGGGAAUUUCAGGAUGAUCUUCUUGCUUGAUGCGUUUCUGCUGCAAUGACACCAGCAACCACCUCAUUCGGGGCUUGUUUUUGUUUGUUCCAGGGUGUCCCUGCAGCAUGGCGGUGCGGUGGAGCGGUGGCCAUUCCUGCUCCGUGCUGUGCCUGGCCGUGAGCGCGGAAGGGCUGGUGGCCUCCGGCGCCGAGCGGGGCGAGCUGGCGCUCUGGGACGGGGCGGGCUCGGCCGUGGCUCAGCCGCGGCUCCCGCAGGCGGAGGACGUGGCCUCGGUGGUGUUCUCGGCCCGCCGGCCCAGCACGCUGUACGCGGCCCACGGAGAGACCGUCAGCGUGCUGGAUGUGCGCUCCCUGCAGGAGCCCCUGCAGCGCUUCCACGUGAACGAGGAGGAGAUCAACUGCCUGUCGCUGAACGACGCCGACAGCCUGCUGGCUGCCGCCGAUGACUCGGGGGCCAUAAAGGUUGUGGACUUGGAAAGCCAGAAAGUCAGCCGGUCCUUGAGGCACUCCAACAUCUGCUCGUCUGUUGCCUUCCGACCUCAGCGGCCUCAAAGCCUGGUUUCCUGUGGGCUGGACAUGCAGGUGAUGCUGUGGAACCUGCAGAAAGUUCGUCCCUUGUGGACCACAAACCUGCAGGAGUGUGAGAUGGAGGAAGAGAGCCCCCAGUCAGCUGGGCAGUUCUUCAACCCACCUCUUGCACAUUCCCUGUCCGUGGCCUCCUGUGGCAACAUCUUCAGCUGUGGAGCUCAGGAUGGUAAAGUCCGACUGUUCCGAGUCACUGGGGCCAGGUUUGAGCAUGAGCUGGAGUUCCAGGCUCACAGCCUGGGAGUCUCACAGGUGCUCUUUAUGCCUGAGGGCUACUGCUUGUUGUCUGGAGGAAAUGAUGGGAAAGUCUUGCUCUGGGAUCUCAGCAGCAACAUUGGGAAGCAGCAGAAAAGUCCAGCAAAAUCUCUGCACAGGAAAAAGGCCCAAGCAGCUGCUUGCAGCAGAAAAGAUGGGAAGCUCAACAAAGCAGCCUCCAAUGAACACCCUGCAGUUGUGCCAAAGCUCAGCAUUGAGCAUGGAGAGAAGGUGAACUGGCUGUCGUGUGCAGAGAUCAAAGGCUCCAGGAGAGUGUUGGUUGCUGACCAGAGCAGCUCUGUAUCAGUCUAUCCAUUGCCAGAACCUUAAGGCACCCAGGUGUUACAGAAUCUGGGGGAUUAAAUCACUUCUGAGAGCCAGUUACAUGCACUGACAGUGACCUGGGCAGGGAACCCCUCUGGUCCCUGGGAAGGGAAGGGGUUUGCUGUGCACUCCUGGUGUCCCUGGCCUCGUGCUGGUUCUCUGUGGCUCACACAGCCACUCUCUCUUGCAGGGUUGGCAGCUUGCUGCUGGAAUUUCAGUGAAACGGGUCUCUAUAUUUAGGGGUAACAUUAGUUCAUGGCUAAGCUGACGUAAUUAAGGCUGGAGGAGAAAAUUAGUGCUCAGGAGACACCCACAAUGCCAAGUGAGGCUGCUGAGCAGCAGCAGGGCUGUCACUGGCUCAGCCCUAGGUGGUUUGGGCUGUUGCAGUGCUCUGUGUGAUUUCUCCCAUAAAGCUGUGUCCCAGCUGGCUUAAACUGGGCAUGGUGGAAUCUGGUUUUCACCACACUCUGUCAGCAGCUGCAUAGACUAGAGAUGCAUCCAUUAACAAGUAAUCAAAUUUGUUUCCCUGUGGCUGCCAACUGAAUUUUUUCACUGCAGCAAAAGAAGGAGCAGGGGAACUGUUACACCUGUUUGCUGGGUCAGCUGUCAGUUAGUUGUGUAUAUCAGGGAAAAAGAACUAUUACACUUGUCUUAAUAAAUGCUUUCUCUCUCA